AUGCCACUAACACCAAUUCUCCUUGUAGAGAUAUUUGAUGUUUGGGGUAUCGAUUUUAUGGGGCCUUUUGUGAAUUCGAAUGGGAAUCUUUAUAUAGUUCUUGUUUUUGAUUAUGUUUCUAAAUGGGUGGAGGCUAGAGCCACCAAGACUAAUGAUUCUCAAGUUGUUUGUGAGUUUGUGAAGGAGCAAAUAUUUUCUAGGUUUGGCACACCUCGAGUAGUGAUUAGCGAUGGAGGUUCCAAUUUUCAGAGAUCCUUCCACGCUCUUCUCAAGAAAUACAACGUUACUCACAAAGUUGGCACACCAUAUCAUCCGCAAACAAGUGGACAAGCUGAAAUUUCCAACCGGGAGAUCAAGUCCAUUUUAGAGAAGACGAUGUGCAACAUGGAGUUAGAUGCUGCAGGGAAACAAAGAAAUCUUCAACUUAAUGAAUUGGAAGAAAUCCGUAAUGAUGCAUAUGAAAGUUCCCGCAUUUACAAGGAGAAAACUAAAGCUUUUCAUGGCAAGAGGAUUUCUCGGAAAAGUUUUGUUAUAAGGCAGAAAGUUCUCUUAUUUCAUUCUCGUCUUAAGUUGUUUCCCGGUAAACUUAGGUCCCGUUGGGUUGGACCAUUUGUUAUUACUAAUGUGUUUUCUCAUGGUGCAGUUGAGCUUUCUAGUCCCAAAACAGGAAAGGUUUUCAAGGUGAACGGCCAUCGGGUGAAACCAUACUAUGAGCUAGGGGUGUAA